AUGAAGAUGGAGAUUGAUGGUGGCUCCUUCGGCGACUCCUUCUUCUCCCGAAGACGGCAACUCCGAGUUCUAUUAGGUUUCACACCCAUUUUUUCUCUUCAAGUGGAAGAUUUUCUUGUUCCUAAUGAUUUCCAUGUUAUGGAGAUGAGAAAGGAUGCAAAGAACUCUCAUUGCCUGACCAUAUGCAGUGGAGAAAUACCAGUUUUUGAUCCUGGAGGAGCUACAAAGGUCCCUGAAAACGUCCUAGAAGAAGGUCCACCCUUCACACUUCAUAAAAACAUUGACCAGAGAAGUUCAAUGUGCAGGACAGAUAAGAAGUGGGUUUUUGUGGCUGAUGCAGAAAAACGAGCUAGGUUAGUUGCUGUUGAAUCAAAUACGACUCUCGCAGAGUUAGAAACAAUGGUUCUAGAAGACUAUGGAGUAGUCGAUCACAAAGCUGAGUUUAGUUAUCUACCGAGUGAUUUGAUUGAUACUGUAGGCUCUCCACCAGUGAGUAUCGCUAAUGAUCGUCAGCUCAAAAAUUUUGUUGGGUACUCUAGGAAUAAAACCUCGGUAAAUAUGUGUGUGACAUUCACUGUGUACGCUGAACAUCCUGAGAUUCCGAUUAACAUCGAAUUGAUGAUGAAAGCCUCUGAUUCAAGCUGUAUGAAAAACGAUCAGGUUGUGAAAUCAGGCGAUGAUGAUAUUAGAAGCAUUGGCCAUAAAGUUGAGGAAGAGUUUGAUGAACCCGUUAUGGUUGAGAAAAAAGUUGAUGGUGAGCAGAACGUUCGGCUUAACUUGCUUGAUGUCGUAAAGAAGGAUCAAAUUUUUAGAAGCAAAACAGAGUUGAAGGCUUCUUUGGAAAUUUCUGCGAUGAAGUAUAAUUUUGACUACAACGUACUGGAAUCAACCAAACGUGUGUGGUGUAUCCGCUGCAAAGAGAAGUCAUGCAACUGGCGUAUUCGUGCACAGUGUCUUGAAGGGUCAGAGUAUUUCAGAAUCAAUAAGUAUGUCGCUCAACAUACAAGCGCUCCUUCUAAUAAAGACGUAGUCGGUAGGACAGCUUCAGCAAAAACUAUUGGUAAUCUGAUUAAGAAUAAGUUUGAGGGUGCUAAAGCAGGACCUAGCCCUAGAGAAAUAAUUCAUUUUAUUCGUACAGAGCAUGGAUGUGACAUCUCUUACGACCAUGCUUGGGAAGCACGUGAGUAUGCGAUUAGUAUUGUUCGAGGCAUUCCCGGGAAAAGCUAUGCCAAAAUUCCUAAAUAUUUGCACAUGUUGAAAGAAGCGAAUCCAGGGACCCAUACGCAGUAUGAAACUGACAUUACUGGACGUUUCAAGUUUCUGUUCCUCUCUUUCGGUCAAUCAGUACGAGGUUUUUACAAAGCUAUUCGCAGAGUGAUUGUUGUGGAUGGGACAUUUUUGAAAAAUAAAUAUAAAGGAGUUUUGCUCGUUGCUACAGCAUUAGAUGGCAACUCGAACUUAUAUCCGAUCGCAUUUGGGGUUGUCAAUUCAGAGAACGACCUGUCUUGGGAGUGGUUUAUGAGGCAACUAAAAGUUGUCAUUGCGGAUGAGGCUUCUAAAGAGUACAGAGUUUCUGCUUUUGAUACCAAGUUUGCUGCCAUUUGUUCUAUUAGUCCAGCUGUUGGAAAGUAUCUUCAGGACGCUGGUGUUGAGAAAUGGGCACGAUGCAAAUUCCCCGGAUUUAGGUACGAUGUUAAAACCACUAACCCAGCUGAGUCGAUAAAUAAUAAAUUGCUAACUCCUAGAGAGUACCCAGUUAUUCCUCUACUCGACAGCAUCAGAGAAAUGUUAACCAAUUGGUUUUUUGAGCGUAAAAAACUUAGCUCAAAGCAUCAGGCUCCUCUAACAGUUGAGGUUGAGACGAAGAUCGAGAAGGAUUGA